AAAUGAACUAGCCGGCUGGGCAUAACCCACAUUGUCUCUGUUGAAUUCAGAAAGGUUUGAAUUCUUGUUUUCCCAGGUUGCUAAUAUAGAGUCUGGCAAACAGAUUCAGCUGAUCAACCGCAAGUCUCUGCGCUCCCUCACUGCCCAGUUGCUGGUCUUGUUGAUGUCUUGGGAAGGAACUGCCUGUCUUUCUGUUGAUGAGCUCGAGACAUUAUGAAACCAUGCACAGUACUCUGCUCAACCCCUGUGAAUAUGGAUUCAUGACCUUGACUGAACUUCUGAAGAGUCUGCCUUACUUAGUUGAGGUUUUUACUAAUGAUAAGACAGAAGAAUGUAUGAAGCUCACAAGUUUGUAUCUGUUUGCCAAGAAUGUGCGGUCUUUACUUCACACUUACCACUACCAGCAGCUCUUCCUUAAUGAGUUUUCCGUGGCCUACACCAAGUAUGUCGGAGAAACACUGCAGCCCAAGGCUUACAGCAACAGCAGUGUGGAGGAGAUCUUGGGAGCAAUCCCACAAGUGGUCUGGAUAAAAGGACAUGGCCAUAAGAGAAUUGUAGUGUUAAAAAAUGACAUGAAAAGUCGCCUGAGCUUACUCGGUCUUUCCCCUGCCAAUCAUGAACACCGGCCCUCCGCUUCUGAGCAUAUCCUGGCGGUGCCUGAAUCUCGCAUAGCUUCGGAUCUUGAACUUGGAGCAGAUAGCGAUGGGCCCUGUCAACCAGAGCAAGAGCUUCUCCGCCUGACCAACGACUCCCCUGUGGACCUCCUGUGUGCGCCUGUCCCUUCGUGCCUGCCGUCCCCUCAGCUGAGACCAGAUCCCAUCAUCCUCCAGUCUGCCGAUCUCAUUCAGUUUGAGGAACACCCACGAGAGCCUCCGGAAAUGAUGAUUUUAAACCAAGAAGGACAAAUUGAACUUCCAGUGCCAGUGAAGAAGGAAGACCCAGCCUUGGGCUCCGGCUCAUCGUGCUCCUCAGCAGCUGUCCCGGCGCCUCCCUGCCCCUUGGAAACACGAGAGUCACUGCUCAGCAAGGACCCCAGUGAAAGCCGAGCCAAAAAGCGACCCAAAAAUAGAGUAAAAUUGGCAGCCAACUUUUCCUUUGUACCUGUAACCAAGUUUUGACUCUCGUUUUGAACAGAGAAUUAGGAUGGGAAAACACUGUCUGAUUCUGCACACAAAAGCGGGUUCGAAUAACAGCCUUUUCUGUUUAACGAAAACCCCCCAGAAGCCACUUACUUCAUCUUUAUGUGUAUCCAUAAUGUUUUAUUUGUUUUACAUUGAACACAGCUUUGAGCUGAAGCUUUUCUUUCUUUCUCCCUGCCAAUUAUUGGAAGAGAAAAAAACAAAAACAGAAGAGUUUCUGGCAUAGGUUCAAGUAUCCUUAAUGCAUUUUACCAGAUUUUUCUUAAUAUGAAAUAUAAUUGUGUUCCAUAAGAAGAAAGUAAGAACUCAGCUAGGAGGAAGUGGUUUUACUUCUAUUAAACCACAUCAGUGGUAAAAUCUUACGUGUAGCAUAUUAUCGUCUCUAAGCCUUUGCUAACUGAUGUUUUCAGACAGUAUUAAUCAAAUGCAUGAUGUAUCUUUGAAGCACAGGCUGUUCGGUGGCCCCGUGUGAUCACUCUGGGGAAGGAUGGAUGAGGAGGUGAGAAGGUAUCUUCAGGUUGGAUAUGAAGGUUCCUGACUUCCAUGUGACUUGUAAGCGUGCCUUGUUUUUUAUUUAACUAUGUCUGUAGUUGACAAAUGCAGCUUCAUCACAAAGUUGUUUUAGAUGUUUCCACUUUGGGGUUCUAUUUAGGAGCUUUCUAGAAUGUUGAGGAUGUUUUAAGCUUCCCUUUUAUGUUCAGUUCCAGUUUGAACAUGGUUUAGGUUAAGGAAAAGGAGAUGGUCUUGGUGUCAUGAAUUUAAAGUCAGCAUUUGAAUUCCGACACACGUUGUUUGUUGUGUGUUGAGAGGCAGUAUGGGGAAGAGAGCCUGAUUUUCUAAAAUAUGCAUCAAAUGCAUAAAUUACAAAUCAGAGCUGAGGGGUGAGGUGCUUGAACAGGAGUGGUGUUGAUACUCUUUCCACUCAGAAGAGACAGAAAUUCUGUCUGUUAUGGAUGAGGGCCAAGGUUGAUCAACUUAACCUUGUAAACCUGGUUU